AUGACAAGCCAUUUCACCAGAGAAAGUGCCAUAGAGGAGGUACUCUUGAGCAGUGACUUCUAUUCGUCAAAUAACCCAUUUAACAUUAGAGCGGGGAGUAAUGGACAUGCACACAGCCUUAAGAAUUCUAUAGGAAUCAAGCCAUCGACCUCAUCGACGUCAAUCAGUAAGAGCUUACCAGCUGUUGAAAAGACGGGCUCCAUGAAAAAUUCACCUUCGAUUACAGCAUUAGAACAUAUCUUGAAUGAAAGGAGCAAAGAGAUGCUUCCAUUUCAAUUAUCGAAAGAAGCAAUUCAGGAGGAGGAGGACUCUGGUAAGUGCAUCGACGAAACUUCUUUGAAGGACAUGUUCCAUCAACCACCGCACCCUUACUACGCAUCGGGAUCCGUCGAUACAAAUAGAAAUUCCAACCAGUCUAUACAGACUUUUGAAACAGCUAGGUCCUACAAGUCUAAUGGAAGUGGGAAUAAAAAGUCCAUUUCUACAAUUGGCGAGUCUGAAGUAGGGGUUGCUACUUCGUUGCUAGCUGCCCCAGCGACCAGUGAUCUUCAACCGUCAGAAGAAGGAGUAAGAUCGUCCGUUGAGAAAGAAGGUUCAAAUUUGUCUAGGAAGGAAUUUGAGUUGAAGAAAGAAGCAAAGACUUCGACAGAUUUGGCAGCGCUCAACGUUGAUUCUUUCGAUCAUCACAAUGUGUCGCAAAAUGAUAUAAGCUCUCCAACUAAGCAAGAUUCUAACGAACUAAAGAACAUCGAUCCGCUUAGCUCUCCAUCGAAGACUAACUCAUAUUCGAUGCUUGAAAUAGCAGAAUACAAUAAAAGCAAUUCUGUCCAAGAUGAAGGAAAACCCAAUCCAAAAAUGUCUCGCAAAAGCGUUAUAUCUAGUGCACCUAAAAAUGCUCCGAAUACUGAAGGAACCGUAUUCAGGUCACCUCAUUCUCGUUCUAGGUCUUCUCUUCAUUUUUCUUUCGAUAAGAAUAAAGAACAACCUGCAUUACCUGGUAGUCACAGAAGAAGCAACACGGAAGGAAAUUUAUCGAAGAUUGCAAGUUCGGCUCCUAAUAAGAAGAGAUUUAGCGUCCGAGCUCUAUUUAAAGUCAAGUCAAAAAACCACUCUUUAAGUGAAUCAAUUAAUGAACCGCUGCAGCCUUCAAAGCUUAAAUCAAAGUCUUUUUCAACGUCGAAUCUUUCUGGGGUCUCGGAACCAAAAAAUUCUUCCGCAACAAGUAAUAAAAAUGCAAGGAACGGAAAUACUGAAAGAACUAGUGCUAUGAAUCAUAAACGAAACGUACUUUCCCAAAGUGGUGCAAAUAAACCAGUAAAUGAAAAAAAUGAAGUGGCUACGGACAAUAAAAUGCGUUCCUCAAAGUCUUUAAUGGGCAUUUUUAGGAAAGGGAAGAACCACGAAGACAGCUUUGAAAUGGUUCAGAAAGACACAAAGAAACAAGCACCAGUCGAUGCCAUGGAUAAAAUUAAUGCUAUUUCGGAGCCACUUCACACACCUAAGGAAUCCUAUAUAAGAGAUGGUGCCUCUCCGACUGCUCAAGAUUUCCAUGAAAAGCAACGAUUCAAAUCUGAUACAAAUAUCAAUUAUAUAAGAGAAGUCGAUAUGGAUAAUGUCACUCCAAAAGUGAGUGUUUACGAAUCUGAUGACUCUCCAGAAGAAAAGGUAAGGUAUGCGCCUUCCUACCCAGAGUUAGCAUCUAAGGAUAAUUAUCCAAGCUUGAGACCAAACAAUGGAGUGAUUAUAUCUUCGUUACCCUUGCUGCCAAAACUUGAAAUUGAGAAUGACUUGAUAUCUUUUGGGUCCCCAUUUGAUGCAAAAUAUGAAUCAGAUACACAUCGUACCCCUAAACAGAGUGAAGAAUUGAACGAAGAAACCGUUUUUAGUGAAAAGAAGAACGAUAUCUUUUCUGUUCUCGAUGGCAAUGACCGUGAUUCGUGCCCGACUAAGGUUAAUGAACAAUUGUUAGGAGAAGCUUUAUUCCCAAAAUCGUUGAGCGCUCAAGAAGUCGAGAGCAUUGUGUCAUUGGAAAGGUCACGAUCAGUAAGAUCUGUGAAAUCCCAUAAACGUAAUUCAUUUGUAAACUUCGAAGGAAAUAGUGAAUAUGUUCAAUACGAGGGAGACGCUCAUAAGCAAAGCCCAUCAACAGGUUUAACAAGAUCUACCAGCAUUCUCAAAAAUUCUAAUUCAAAGAAGAGCCUUAAUGUGAAUGAUUAUGAACAACCAAUAACGUCAAUCGAUGACACCAUGGAUAUUUUUGCGGAUUUGGAAGAAUAUACAAACUACAUUGAUUUUGAUAAUCUAAAUUUCUCAACGUCUCCCGUUCAAACACCCGAUGGACAUUCUCAAAUUGCUAGUCAGGUUCCCGAAAUAUCGUCUGAUGAACCACUAAUCGCACUUUAUGAUCAGUCAGCUCCUUUCAUUGCUGAUCAUUUGUCACUUUCAGCAUCUAAAGAUGCCACCAAACAGAUUGGCAGUUCACUUUCGCCAAUCAUUAUAAGUGAUGAUUCUUCAAUUCAACAUGAUUGGAAGGGAAAUGGCUCUUCAUCCAAUAAGUCUCCCAUUCCUGUAAGUGAUGAAUCUACUAUUUCAAGUGUGAAAGAAUUGAAGCCAGCUGAGAACUUAUCCAUGAAAAGCAUAGAAGACAACCUCGCUCAAGAUAUCAGUAGCUUGACAAUUCAAGGUGAUAGCAGUACUCCUAUUAAAAAUGGUUCGCCAAAUGAUUUUGAAGAUAAUUUAAUUUUGUUCAAUGAAAUUCCUUCAUCUGAAUUGAAUGAAAGUACACCGAUUCAAGUUAUGCACACUUCGCCCCAACAACUUGCUCAAUCUGGUUUGUCUUCUGGAAACUAUAUCGAAGAUGAACUAACACCGUUACAAGCUCUGGUUACGACUUCACCACCGACUGAAGAUACGCCUCCUUCGGUUUUAUCAUCCUCAUCUAAUUUUACGGAAAAGACAAGAAGGAUGUCCACCCAUGAAGGCGAUAUCAGAAAAGAAUCUAACCAUCCUUCGGCUUCUGUCAUUGAUGCAUCUCCGAUUUUGGAAUCGGCUUACAAAUUGUCUGUUGCAUCAAAUUCACCUGUUUUGAAUGAAGAUGGAAGAAAUGCUUACAACAAUCGACCUAUCUCGAUGUCUUUCAGAGGCCUAAAAGGUCCUUCUUUUGGCAAUAAAUUGUCUCAGCAUAAUUUGAGAAGUAGUGAUAGUCAUCAAUCUUUCAAUAUUUCAUUCGGAGAUGAAGAUUCUGAUCUUGCCGGUAGCGAAGUUGGUGCUGGAUUCGGUUCUUCGGAUGACGAAGAUAAUAUCUGUUCAGAUGAAGAAAUACUGGCUACGAAUGGAAGUCUUAAUGAUAAAGAGAACCAGUACAAUAAUCCCCUGUCCAAGAAAGAAAGGAGAGGUUCUUUAAACCGAAAUAUAUCAAACGUAUCAUCCGUGAUCACACCACCUUCGGUUCCUUUCAAGCACAACAGAAUUCCAUCGAUUUCUUCUAACUCAUCUGUUUCAAGUCCAAGGUCAUUCAGUUCAAUGAUAUCAAGAAGAGUCAAGAGAUCGCCACAAGUGCAUUCGAUGCUGAAUAUGACAAAAGUCUCGAAGAGACAACCCAAGGGAGUAAAAUUCUCCUCAAGAAUUAUCCUUUACGAUACCUACGAUGAUGAGGAAUAUGAUAGGCACCCUGAUGCAGCCACUUGUAACCAAUUGACCCCUUUGUUGGCUCAACAAAUCAAAGAAGAAUUGAAUAGUGUAAAAAGUGAAAUGGAAGUACACCAAGAUUCGAGGUGUUUCACCCACUUCUUUUAA